GCGAGAACGAGUCUUUUGAAUUGGUGCGCAACUUAAGAAUGCUGGAGGCGGUACUGCUAGAAGAGAGCGCGGGAGAACCUACUGACCAGGAAAUAAUGCUAUACGCUGAAAGCAUCGGUAUUGAUGUAGAAAAGGAGCGUGAUCUGCUGUAUAUUGCGGAGGAAGGAGUUUCAGCGAAUCUUCCGAAAGGUUGGCAAGUUCUGAAGGACGAAAAUAACCAAAUAUUUUAUUAUGAUAGUAAAUCAGGCAUAAGUAUGUGGGAACAUCCAUUGGAUGAAUACUUUCGAAACUGUGUCAUAAAAGCACGUCAGAAAAUCCAACGUAGAGCUAAUACAGUUAAGAAUUCUAAACAUGAUGAAUCGUCAGAAAGUUGCAUGUCUCCCAUCAGUAAUGUUCUGCCUCACUCCAAACAGGAUAUGGCCAAUAAACAAACACCUAAAGGUUCCACGACAAAUAAGGAUCCAAAUAAAGACUCACGUUCGCAUUCUCGUGGUGAUUGUAAACAAUCUGAAACGAACAAUGAUAUAAAUCAAGAGGAUAAGAAUAAAUUAUCUAUGAUUAAUACGCCUGGGCGCCAAGAUCCCGUGACUAGAAGAAAAGACGAAGUAUUAAGUGCCGAUGAUCCUACUGAAUACCGUGACUUCAAGUUACCCGGUAGUAAAAGACGUGAUAAAUCGCUCACACUGUCCACUCCCAAUAAUAAUAACAAUAAUAAUAAACCUCAGUUUUACUCACCAGCCAAUCGUCGUUCAUCUAACAAAAGUUUUAAAAUUUGGUCAGACCUAUACGCUGAGAAUUUACGUAAAGCUGACAACAAUCUAACAGCACUUCAAGAUAAAGUAAGAAAAUCCCUGCUGACUGAUGAUAAACCUAUCACCUCUGAAGUAAUCAAUGACAGUGCACCGACAAAAUGCAAUUGCAAUAGUCGUCAGUUACAAGAUUCACCGGUGAAAAUAGGCAAAAGUUUCUCAUCUUUGGAUCUUUUGAAUACAGACAAGAAAGGGGAUCGUACAUUUUAUGAAAAAAGAUAUGGAGUACUUUCUAGUGAUAGUAAAAAAAUCAAAGAUUACUGUGAUGAUGAUGAUGAAGAUAUCCUGUGUCCUGAAGUUGGUCUAUCUCCUACUGAAAUAAAAGGUCAUUCAACUAGUGGAGGUCAAACAAAUGUAGAGUCACCAGUGGUGAAUUGCAAGACGAAUUCUUCUAUCCCAAAUGCAUCGAAUGUUAUGCCUCAUACUGAAGUAAAUGUAAAGGAUGCUACAAAGUCAAAUUUGGAAAGGCAGUCACCCAAUCAGAAUAUUUCAAAGGCUAAUAAUAAUAUUAAUAAUGAUAAAGGUUUUGUCAAUCUUUCAGAGUGUAUAAGUCAUCUGAUUGAAGAACGUUCUCGUAUCCAGGGGAAACUGUUUCGUUUGAAGCUACUCUACAAAACGUAUAAACGACGUUUAGAUAAUUUAAAUGCAAGUUUAUUAGCCCUACAAAAACAGACCAGCUUAGAUCCUUCAGAUGGUUUAUCCCCAUCUAAAACUAGCAAACCAUAUCCUAAUUCUAAUGAUUGUGCAGAAGAAGCGAACACAUCGAUAUCUCAUCAUCAAAGUCCAACAAUCGGCAAACAACUUUCCCCCACUCCUCAACUUCCAAUGACUAAAGUGGGGACCAAGUCCGGAACAAAUUCAACAAAUCAAAAACGUGAAGACAAGUCAACUCAAUCACCAGCAUUAUCGUCAUCAUUAUCACCAGCAUCAUUACCUCAAUGUCAUCAUCAACUUCAUCAUCAUUCAAAUAUUUGUCGUACAACAAGACGAUCUAUGUCUGUACCACGUUCACCACUGCCAUUGAAUCAUUAUAGAAAUUCGACUACUACUACUAAUACUGCUGCUGCUAAUCGUUUUCUUCAUGAUAACAUUUCAAGAACAUCACAAGAUCUAGCUGUAUCUUUAGCAUCAAUUGAUUUACAAUUGCAUCAUGUACUAAAUCAUCUUGAUUCAAGCAGCAUCACAACAACUAAUCAUCAGUUACCUGUGAAUAAUAAUAAUAAUAAUAAUUAUUCAUGCUCAGAAUGUCAAUGUUGUUGUGUUUCAGCAAGAAAUGAUACCAUAGAACAAUCGCCUUGUUUACAUGAACAUCAACAUGAAGAGGAAAAUAUUCAGCAUAUUGAAGAGCGUUUAGAAAAUAUUGAUUUAAAUGAUACACCAUUAUUAGGCGGUAGUGGUGGUUGUACAUCGAGUAAUUUAAGUGGUCUACCCUCGUGUAGUUGUUGGAAAAGUCAAUAUAAAUCUCAGAGUAGUAAUAGAACAAUGGAGUUAUUCAGUUCACCAACUAAUCGCUUGUUGAAUUCAUAUUCAGUUGGGGUAGAUUAUAGCGAAUUGGAGAGUAUUCGUGCUUCCCUAGGAAGCCUGUUAAAGUCUGCUCGCAAACCGAAUAAUACAUCGCAUACUCAAACUCCGUGCAGAAGUAAUAAAAAUAAUGACAGAAAUGAUCAUAAUUCCAAUUCGCCUUAUAAGUACAAAUAAUCAUUCCUUUAAUGAAAUAAUGGACUUUUUAUACGCUUUAUUAUACUUAGAAUGAAUUUCGCUUUUAUCCCUGAAUGUUAUUUGUCCUAUUCUAACUGAAUCAUUGUAAUUGCAAUUAUUAUUUUUGUACCUAAUAUUUUAAAUACUCUUAUGUGCAUUUCAAUGGAUUUUAUUACUUGAAAUAAAUUGUGCUUAUACA